AUGGAUGAUGAAUCGGAUUAUGACGAAUCGGAUUAUGACAUAGAGGACCUUCUCGAGGAUCUUCGACGACUUCCUAGAGAACUCCAUCAUUUGGCCCUAGAUAUAAUAGAUCGUCUCGAGGAGGUCAUUAUUCGAUAUGUAGAGGAGGUCAUCGCCCGGAACGCGCCGAAUGUGAUGCUCGAUCUGGACAUGUUCCUAGAUCACCGUCCAUGCUAUGCUCCCUAUUCAUGGGGGUUUCCGCAAAAUCACAGAGCUCGCACUGCAAGUCGAUACCAAUAUAUCCGACAGCCACCAGCUCGACGAAACACGGCUUAA